GCCAAAAGAACAAAGAAGGUUGGUAUUGUUGGGAAGUACGGCACCCGCUAUGGUGCGUCCCUCCGAAAGACCGUCAAGAAAAUAGAAAUCAGCCAACACGCCACCUAUACCUGCAAUUUUUGCGGAAAGGAAGCACUAAGGCGUCAGGCUACCGGCAUCUGGAACUGCAAAGGCUGCCGAAAGGUAGUCGCUGGAGGCGCAUACGUCUGCAGCACAACUGCUGCUGCAACCACUCGCGCUGCCAUCCGAAGAAUGCGGGAGACGCAAAAAUGA